AUGGCUCAGCGCGUCACUUAUAGACGUAGGUUGUCAUACAACACUAAGUCGAAUAAAUGUAAAAUCGUGAAAACUCCUGGCGGUAGGCUGAUUUACCAGUACUUGAAGAAGCGCGGAUCAGUGCCAAAAUGCAAGGACACCGGCGUCAAGCUUCAUGGAAUUACUCCUGCUCGUCCACGUGAGCUUACUAGACUGAAGAAGAACCCAGAAGAACUGUCUCCCGCACGUAUGGAGGAUGUCUGUCUCGCUAAUGCUGUGAAGGAGCGUAUCAUCCGUUCAUUCCUCCUUGAAGAGCAGAAGAUUGUUUCAAAGGUUCUCAAGUCCCGAAGAGGAGCCGAAUAA